AUGACGAUCGCGACAAGAACAAAUAUGAAGAAGCCGGUGGUCGAUGAAGUUAUUGCCGAACAGUUUCUUGCAGCCGAUUUGGAGGAAGUGCAGAUGCUGCAGGAAGAAAGCAAAAAGUACAACUACAAGACGAUAGUCGUCUACCGUAAUGUCCUUCUUUUCGCUGCACUCCACGUUGGCAGCCUGAUUGGCCUCUAUCAGGUCGUGUUUCAGGCAAAAUGGCAAACUGUGGCUUGGAUGGUCUUCCUACACAUAUUCGGUGGUUUGGGGAUUACAGCAGGCGCCCAUCGCCUGUGGUCCCAUAGAUCCUACAAAGCAGCACUUCCAGUCAGAAUCCUACUGAUGAUCAUGAACAGUUCUGCGCUUCAGAAUGACAUUAUCGAAUGGGCGCGUGACCACCGUUGUCAUCACAAAUGGACUGACACGCAUGCCGAUCCUCAUAACACCACACGAGGAUUUUUCUUCGCUCACAUGGGAUGGCUACUGGUUAAGAAACAUCCACAGAUCAAGGAACAAGGUGGUAAACUUGACCUCUCCGAUCUAUUCGCCGAUCCUGUGUGCACGUUCCAGAGGAAGUACUACCUACCAUUGGUUCUGAUCUUCUGCUUCUUGCUGCCCUCAGCUAUUCCUGUGAAAUUCUGGGGAGAAUCGGCUUUCGUUGCUUUUUACACGGCUGGAAUUCUACGCUAUUGCCUACUUCUGCAUGCAACGUGGUUGAUCAACAGUGCAGCUCAUAAGUUUGGAUUCAAGCCUUACGACAAGGCCAUUUCACCAGUCGAGUCUGUCUGGACGACUGUGACUGCCAUUGGAGAGGGUGGUCAUAAUUUCCAUCACACCUUCCCUCAGGAUUACCGCACGUCGGAGUACUCUCUGAAGUUGAACUGGACUCGACUGUUCAUCGACACCUGCGCUGCCCUCGGUCUCGUUUACGAUCGCAAGUCGUUUUCCGAAGAGAUCAUUCAACGACAGUGUGAGAAGCACGGAAAUCCCGAACAACGUGGAAAAGCGAUACUAUGA